AUGCAAGAGAACAAGAUAGCGUACUAUAUCGAGCAAAUGCUGGAGAGAUUUCCGCUUAUGCGCAGCAAGGGAUACUCUCACCCUGGCCAUUCGGCUGAUCGCUUGUUUCAACCCAGCUAUCUGCAUGCUACUGGCAAAUCCUGCGCCAAAUGUGAUUCCUCAGCGGAGAUUAGCCGCGAACCACGACUAGACGAUAGCCCUGUGAUCCAUUAUGGAACCAUCGCAUCCGGUAAUACGGUCGUCAAAGACGCACUUACACGAGACUCGAUUCGAGACAGACAUGGUGCGAUAUGCCUAGAGAUGGAGGCAGCAGGGUUAAUGAAUAAUUUCCCUUGUAUCGUCAUCCGUGGCAUCUCAGAUUACGCCGAUUCCCAUAAGAAUGACCGCUGGCAGCCAUUUGCCGCUGCUACAGCCGCUGCUUGCGCAAAGGAGUUUCUGGAACAUGUACAGCCCAAGGCUAUUGAGGCCGAGCCUGCAGCUAAAGAUAUCCUGUAUCAAGUCCAUGACGAUGUGGCCGAAAUCAGAGAACUUGUCAUGACCGAACAUUCUCGACGUAUUCUCGAUUGGAUCACCGAGUUAGACUUUGACCGUCAGCAUAACGACAACUUAAAAUCAAGGCUUGAAGGGACAGGUCUCUGGCUCCUACAGUCGGAGGAAUUCAAACAGUGGAUCAGCCGACCUCAACAAACACUGUUCUGCCCCGGAAUCCCAGGAGCUGGAAAGACGAUCCUGUCCUCAAUUGUAGUGGAACACCUAAGAACAAAGUUUCUGGAUGAUCCAAAACAACUUGCGAUCAAAGGCUCAACCGUCCUCCCGAAACAGAUGUACAAAAGCCACACAGGCAAUAAAACACGCCCGAGUGUCAAGGAUAUUCUGCCCGAGCUAUCACGAACCGCGCGGUCAUUUCGGAGAAUUUUCAUUGUGAUCGAUGCCUUGGAUGAAUACUGUUCUUCAAACCCAAACGAGCUGCAGGACUUACUCUCGGCCUUAUUCACCUUUCAGAAAGACGGGCCGGUAAAUAUCUUCGCAACCUCUCGUCCUAACUCGGAGAUUAUGUCACAGUUCGAGGGAUGCAUCCAAAGGGAAAUCCGCGCGCAAGACGACGAUAUCUUAAGAUAUGUAAACACAACGCUACCUACCUUACUCCGGUCAAAGAUCUCGCGGUAUCCCAGUGUUCAAGACGAGGUUCGUCGUGAGGUGGUGAAGAGCGCAGAUGGAAUGUAA